CCGUAAGGUCUGUGCAUAUAAAGCGUGUAGGCUUGUCGGGAUCCGACGCGUGCACGGUGGAAAAGGUAUAAGAGGUGGGCCGGCAUGCACCGGACACUUUACAGACAAUCUCCACAUAGCACUACCCAUGUCCGCUGCGGCUGAGAAGUUCGAUAACAUCCCUACUGAGGGCAUUCCCUAUUUCACCCCUGCGCAGAUCCCUCCCGCGGGCGUUGCGCUCGACCCCCAGCCGGAUGACAAGCCCAUUCCGAAGCUGUUCCAGCCCCUGCGCAUCCGUGGUAUCGAGUUCCAUAACAGGAUCUGGCUUUCACCGCUCUGCCAGUACUCCACAAAGAACGGUGUGCCCAGCCCCUGGCAUCUUGCACACCUCGGUGGCAUUCUCCAGCGCGGCCCCGGUUUGAGCAUGGUCGAGGCGUCCGCCGUGCUCCCUGAGGGCCGUAUCACGCCUGAGGACGCCGGCAUCUGGAACGAUGAGCAGAUGCAGAAGUGGGUCGAGAUCGUCACCUUCGCGCACUCGCAGAACCAGAAAAUCGGGAUGCAGCUCGCGCACUCCGGCCGCAAAGGAUCCAUGGUCGCGCCCUGGCUCUCGCUCGGCGCAUCCGCGGGCGAAGACCAAGACGGCUGGCCGAACGGUGUCCUUGCGCCAAGCGACGUCACCCACGGCCCUGGCUACAACAAGCCCCACGCACUCACGAAGGAGGGCAUUGAGCGCCUCAAGCGGGGCUUCGUCGACGCUGCAAAGCGUGCUGUCAAAGCUGGCUUCGAUGUCAUCGAGCUCCACAGCGCGCACGGCUACAUGCUGCACGAGUUCCUCAGCCCGAUCUCAAAUAAGCGGACAGACGCGUAUGGCGGGAGCUUCGAGAACCGCAUCCGCAUCCACCUCGAGAUCAUCGACGCGGUGCGUGCCAUCAUCCCUGAGGACAUGCCCCUGUUCAUGAGGAUAUCCGGAAGUGAUCUUCUCGAGAACACCCUCCCCGACGAGCCGUCGUGGCGUGUGGAGGACUCUGCACGCCUCGCAAGCAUCGUAGCCGAGCACGGCGUUGACCUCAUUGACGUCUCCUCCGGCGGCAUACACCCUCUGCAGGAGCUGCGCCUCGUGCACCAGGAGGACCGCCACGCCGCGUAUCAGGCGUACCUCGCGGACCACAUUCGCAAGGCAGUCGAUGGCAGGAUACUCGUCGCCACCGUUGGCGGCAUUUGCGACGGCAAUGUCGCGGAGGAGGUGCUCGCCAAUGGCUGGGCCGACGUUACCUUCGUCGGUCGCCACUUCCAGAAGAACCCCGGCGCGGUGUGGCAGUUUGCCGAGGAUCUCGGCGUCGUGAUCACCCAGGCACACCAGAUCGAGUGGGGCUACGUGGGCCGCGGCAUUGGUCGCAGGAAGAUGGAUGCCGCUAAGUAAAAGCAAGAAUGCGUCUAUAGUGUCAUAUAGACUUCUCUCCCAGUUGUAACUUUAGACUCCCGUACUCGUAGAGUAGGUGGUGGUUAAUAAGACCGUCACAGCUUGGAUAGCGCAAGCAUGAUAGAAGCUAUCCUAAUGAUGCAAUAUCCUACUCUAAGUAAAGCAUAAAGGGCUGAACAAAUGAAAACCGGCUUGGUU